AUGAGCUUUGCCUCACUCUUGUCGCAGAUCACAAAGGACAAGAAGCUGGAAGAGAAGGCCAGGCUCUCAGGUCUGUCAAACCAGUCGAAGGCGUCCUCCUCGCAGGCAAAGAGCCCCGCCGGCUCGAAGGCAUCGCCGGCAGUGGCAGCACACCGGACGCUCCAGCUGGGAAAAACACAACCAAAAACGUACUUUGACGACGAGGAUCCGGCCGUGCGCCGCUUGAAGGAGGCUAGACGAAAGGAGAAAGAAAAGCUCCAGGAACGCAAAGCAGGAGCUAGCAGCUCGAAGAGCAGGUCACGGACAAAGUCACAGCCGGAUUCUGCUGCGAGAUCUCGCUCCAUGAAGCCCGCUUCGGCGUCCCUGCUGGCCAAAAGUGCAGGCCAGAGCAGCUCGGCAUCUCCUCCGGUGUCUGUGGCAACUAAAUCGAGGUUCAAGAACAAACCGUAUCUGAAAAGCUCCACGUCUCCUGCCGCUGACAGCGGUACCGCGGCCCCGAAACUGUCUUUCCGGGAGUUGAUGAAACAGGCGGAGUCGAUAGAAAAGCCUGUGGUGGCCUCAACGCCAUUCAAGACGGCCAAAAAGCACAUCGGUAACGAGCCUAGCAAGGCCUACCAGUCACUACAGAAAUCCCGAAGCCGAGAAAAUGAAUAUCUUCACUCGUCGGCUUUGUCAUCGAGAAGAAACGGCUCACGUCCCCCUGCCUCUCCACCGCCUCGAGCCUCUCAUAAGCUAGAUAUCUCAACAGGCCCUCGGAGCCGACCUUUCAAAGCGUCGUCGAGCGCAUCUUCCAACCCUCAGCGAAGAAAACCUGCCUUGGCACAACCAAAUCCUGACCUACUCAGUAAACUCAAGAAGAGACAAUCCCAGCUUCAAUCUAAACAGUCAGGCCAAACAUACCCAAGUACCAGACGGAAACUUUCCGGAAGCAAAUCUCAAGAUGCAUAUGGUAUCGAUGCCGGGGACUCCGACGGUUCCGACGACUAUGGCUACGGUAACGGCUACGAUGAUUAUGAGGAUGAUGGAUUCAUAGUUGACGAUGAAGAAGAGGAAGAGGAAGGCUACGGCGAUAACGUCGAAUACCAUAACAGAAUACGCAAGGAAAAGAAAAGACGAAUGGAAUCUCAAGGUUACAACAAAGAGGAAAUCUGGGAGAUCUUCAAUAGAGGAAAGAAAAGAAACUACUACGACCGUGACGCGUAUGACAGUGAUGAUAUGGAGGCAACUGGUACGGAAAUCUUGGAAGAUGAAGAGAGAACACUCAAGCAGGCUAAACUUGAUGAUUUAAGAGAACAGAAGCUUUUAGAACGGAAGGCAGCAGAGAAGAAGAGAAUGCUUCACAAAAAGGAUUAG